UUGAUUUGUCUCUCUUUAUAUCACCCACAUGGCGCAUAUCUCUUUCACUCCCCUGCUCCACUCACUUCACAAUAUAUAAAAAACUUACAGAGCAAAAAGACACACACAGCAUUCAAUGUUUGCUUCCAUGCAAUGGCGAUUUCAGGUUCAGACACUCAAAACCCAACAAGCAAACUGAGUACCCCCCUCGAGACUCACUGCGUUAAAUGCGACUCUUGUGGCUUCACCGAGGAAUGCACCGUUGCUUAUAUCAUGCGUGUCCGUGAACGUUACCAGGGCCGUUGGAUUUGCGGGCUCUGCAUCGAGGCGGUCAAAGAUGAGGUUUUGAGAUCCGUAACGCUUAUCUCCACCGAGGAAGCAUUGGAUCGACACAUCAGUUUCUGUAACAAGUUCAGGGCGUGGAGUCCUUCAGAUGAAACAGAGCACCCCAUUUUUGCCAUGGGAAGAGUUCUUCGACGAAGCCUGGAUUCGCCCAGACCUCUUAGGAGUAAAUCAAGUAGCGUAUUGCCCGGACUUGAAGAAGUCAAACGCCCUUCUCUUCUUCGAUCCGAUAGUUGUUUCUCAGCUCUUUAUAUCUAAAUCUCAACUAAAGGUAAAUGUAUCAGGAAAAAACCAAAAAAGAAGAAACCUAUCAGAUUGAUUGUUACAUAUAUAAAGGGUCUUUAUGGCUCAAAUGUUUGGGUAUGUGAAAUUUAAUCUAUCUUAUGGUGUUUUGAGUGUGUGUGUAUAUGAUGACUGCUUCAGGUUUGAGAGUUACUUAGAUUUAGCCUAUGUUGUUUUAAUCUUCUAUAUUCUUGAAUCUUGGGGAUAAUAUUUGAAGAUAACAGUUUGGUAUGUCUUGAUUUUAGGAUGUUUGGUAAAGAAUCUUACAUCAUGUGAUGUUUUAUGAAAAUGGUAAUGUUUAGUGAAUCAAA